GUCUAGGAAGGCCGCCACACCCGGGGCCUUUUUGGCGGCUUUCAACAGGCCAGGAGUAAGUUGGAGCAAGAGGACGUUAUCGGCAAUGCGGCGGUCCAUCAGAAACGCAGUUUGCUCAAGGUCAAUGAUACGCCCAAACACCGAAUGCAGUUGCAAGCACAACACACGGGCAAGGACCUGCUACAACUGCGGGUGUCAGGAGAUGGCCAUCAAGCGGCUUGGGGGGCUGAAGGAGGGGCAGCGGCCCUGGUCGGUCAAAGUCUGCAACGACUGCUUGACGACCUGGAACCGCGACAUCCCGCCGCCAACGUGAUCCGUGUGCUCCUCCUGCUGAAGCUGAUGGGCUUCGAGCGGCCGAGCAAGCUGCAGCGGCCGCCAUGGCCGCCGCCGGCGGCGGGGCCGGGCUGAGAGCCUGAACGGCGCUAGCAGGGCGUGGGGCUGAGGGUGCACGUGUCGAUUGGCGGCGAGUGACGUGACUAGUUUGUUAGCUGCGGGUUAGCACGGACUGUGCACCCCACCCAACCGGCCACAUCCGGAUUUGCGGGGAUGCCAAAGGCCCCCAACAUAGAGGCGUGUGCUUAGUAGGCGCCCGCGUCAAGGUGGCUGGGUUGAUAACGACCCGGGAGAAAAGGGCUCAGCCCUUUUCCUGCCUCCCUAAGGCAGCCACCUCCUUGUUGAAGGCCGUAGCUCCUCCGUGCCUAGCGGCAUGCAUAGCGGCAUGACAAGUAUUGCGCCUGUUGACAACUGUGCUGCGUCUGGCUGUGGUUGGCUUUGCUGUGGCAUCGCGACUGCUAGAUGGGCACCUGGUUUGGCUAUGUGCCUGUGGAAACCGACCCCGGCUGUGUCCGGGCGAUGAGGCUGUUUGGCCUCAGACUGUGGAGGGGCUCAGCCCCUUUUCCAGUGAACACUUGUUCGAAGGUGGAAUUGAGGGAACGUUUAGCUGGGCGUUCCUGAGGACGAUGGCUUUUGAAGGAGUGGUAGCCUUGCGCACCGUGCUGUGCUUUCCGGACCAUGUACGCUG